AUGAGAUCGGAUUUGGUCAGGGACGCUCAUAUUGAGCACAUAUUGCAUUGGCGUCGAGAUAGAGGGCCAGACGACGCCCUCGAUGCGCUGGUCAUCGUCAGGACGGUCGAGGAGAUGGUGGAACGGAGAGAGCGAUACCCCUUGACUUCACAACUAAUCCAAGAGAACAAGAUCCCCGAAUUCGACUUUAAUGGCAUUAUUCACAACUGCUCCCAUCCGAACGACGAAGAUGCACAUUUCAGAUUGUCAGAGGAACAGAUAUUCACUUCGAUUUUCGCAUAUGUGGACCACUUGUUCGAGAAGAUCAAGCCGAAGAAACUUUUCUUCAUGGCUGUGGACGGUGUUGCGCCUCGUGCCAAGAUGAACCAGCAGCGGAGUCGUCGUUUCAGGACGGCCAAAGAGGCGAAGGAGGUCAGGGAGAAGGCGGAGAGGAGGGGCGAGAAACUUCCUGAGGAGAAGGCUUUCGACAGUAACUGUAUCACACCUGGUACACCAUUCAUGGCUCGUUUGUCAGCCCAGCUCCGCUACUUCAUCAACAAGAAGAUCACGGAGGACUCAAACUGGAGGAGCGUCGAAGUCGUUCUCUCAGGCCACGAGGUGCCAGGAGAGGGUGAACACAAGAUCAUGGAAUACAUUCGACUAUCGCGUGCGCAACCUGACUACAACCCGAACGUGCGCCACUGUUUGUACGGCCUGGACGCCGACCUUAUCAUGUUGGGGCUUUUGAGCCACGAUCCGCACUUUUGCCUUCUCCGUGAGGAGGUCAAGUUUGGACCGCAGCGUAAGAAGGGCAACCAGAGUUUGGAAUCAACCAACUUCUACCUCCUCCAUCUCUCCUUGAUGCGAGAGUAUCUGGAUCUAGAGUUCCGGGAUAUUGAACAUGUUCUCCCGUUCCCUUACAACCUGGAGAGGGUAAUCGAUGACUUCAUCCUGCUCGCCGUUUUCGUUGGCAACGACUUUUUGCCCAAUCUUCCCGAUUUACACAUCCACGAGAACGGAUUGGAGAAAUUGUUUGACGUUUACAAGAAGGCUCUUCCCGGACUGAAUGGGUAUAUCAACGAGAGCGGUACCAUCAAUGUGCAGAGGUUGCAGGUGGUUUUGGACGAGAUGGCGGUUUGGGAGCGCGAGAUCUUCGAGAAGGAGUAUGCGGAUAUGAACUGGUUCAAGGGAAAGCAGGCCAGGCACGUGAAGGAGAUGGAGAUGGGCCGCAAGCGAUCAAAGUUAGUGUUGACCAAGAGGCAGCGGGAGAUAUUCGACAAGGUCAAGGCGUUUGUCUUGGAGAACCGCAAAGCACCGUCGCUUGAGCACUUCAAGGCCGCCAGGUUGGAAAUGGUCAACGACUUCCCCGCCCGAGAGCGUGCGUUUAUCACGCAGUUGUCGCAAGAUUUGCAUUUGAGCCUGCGCUGGGACGAGUACGACGAGGAGGAUAACAAUGUUGUCACAUGGCGAUUCCCGAGGGCGCUGGAAGUUUCCGAGGAUGCGGAGGACGAAGAAGGGGAGUGGGAGGAUAUGCAGGAAGACGAGGAGAACGUCAUUGCCGUCGACCGUGUGCUGAACAAGUACGAAAAGGCGCCUGUGGAGGAUCCAGAUGCGGAGGGUGAUUUUGAUGCCCGCUAUGAGAGAUCUAUUAAGGAGAAGAUGGAUGAAUGGAAGAGAAGUUACUAUCGGGAGAAAUUGGAGAUUUCGUAUGAUGACCCGAAGGAGAUGGGAGACCUUGUGUAUCGAUAUGUGGAGGGUUUGCAGUGGGUCAUGCACUACUAUUAUAGCGGUGUCGCGUCGUGGGGUUGGUUCUACAACUACCACUAUGCUCCGCGUAUUUCAGAUCUUCGGAAUGUGGAUCAAAUGACUUUCAACUUUGAGCUGGGAAAGCCGUUUAAACCUUAUGAGCAACUUAUGGGGGUGUUGCCGGUGGCGAGUAAGGACCAUAUUCCGUUGGCUUAUCAGGAUCUCAUGUAUGAUCCCAAUUCCCCGAUCCUCGAUUUCUACCCUCUGGAGUUCGAGUCUGAUCUGAACGGCAAGAAACAAGACUGGGAGGCGGUCGUGAAGAUUCCCUUCAUUGAUGAGGAGAGGCUGUUGAAGGCGAUGGCUUCUCGCGAGCAUCGGUUGACACCCGAGGAACGACAGCGCAAUACUUGGGGUACAAGCACCAAGUUCAGCCACGGCACCGGGGAACCGACCGUCUAUCCUUCAUCAUUACCGGGGUUCUUCCCUCCUAUAUAUCGAUGCACCUGUGUCAUGGAACCGUUCGACCUUCCCACGCUCGACGGUCUGCAUCUUGUCCCUGGCCUCUGCGACGGUGUAUUCCUGGGUGCAGAAGCCCUCGCUGGCUUCCCGUCCCUCAAGACUCUCCCGCACAGCGCGACACUGGGCUACCAUGGCGUCAACAUCCACGGCAGCGAGAGCCGAAACAAGUCCAUGAUCGUGCACAUCGAGAAUCCGUACGAGAACACCAAGCCUGAAGAAAUAGCGCAAAAGUUUAUCGAUGAGAGGAUUUUCAUGGGGUGGCCGUUCUUGCAGGAGGGCAAGGUGGUGGCGGUGUCGGAUUCGUUGUUCAAGUAUGAGAGGAUGGCGGUUGUGCCUGGGCGUCCGGCGAAGAUUGUGUCGACGCCGCAUUCGCCGCAGGGGUUGGGACAUUGGGCGUCCAAGGCGGAGAGGAUUGAGCAGGUUUAUUCGAAGAGGUGUGGUGUGCUUACUGGAUCUGUGGGUGUUUUGUUGCAUAUUCGCCCGUUGAAGGGGUUGAAGCGGUUGGAGACUGGUGCACUGGUCAAGGAUUAUGAGGGGCCGGAUAAGGAGAUUGAGCAGGCGGUGCAGAUGUGUCUGCAGGAGGUCGUGUCCGAGGACCCGCGUUAUAUGGAGAGGGCGCCACCCCCGCUCCAUGAGGAGUUCCCCGACGGGUCCAAGGUGUUCUUCCUUGGCGAGCAUGCGUAUGGCGUCGCAGCGCAGGUCUCAGCGACCACUCAGAACACUCUGUCUGUCAUCGUGGCGUUCUUCCCCGCCGAACGCCAAGAAAUCGACAAAUUCAAAGCGAUUGUGGAUACUCGCAAGUCGAGUCGGUACUUUCCUUCGUACAGGGUCGCGGAUAUGCUUGGGAUGUCUGGACGAGCGCUUGGCAAGAUUACGUCGAGUUUCCUGGUUCUUACGUCGGAUGAGCAGAAGACGAAUUUGGGUCUUAGUCUCAAGUUUGAGGCCAAGUCGAUGAAGGUUAUUGAUUAUAGUCGGAAGGAUGGGAGGAAUUGGGAGUAUAGUGAGAAGGCUGUUGAGUUGAUUAGGGAGUAUAAGGCUGCAUUCCCGGAAGUCUUUGCGUCUUUGGAUAACGGCGGAGAUGCUAUUGCACGCGCGACUGAUAUCUUCCCCGAAGCCGAGGCCGAUGCUCGUGUCAAGGAGAUCAAGGCGUGGUUGAAGACAAAGGGCGUUCGAGACUUUGAGCCUGUUUCGCUCUUUUGCGAUCAACUCUCUAAGGAAACUAUUGAGGAGAUUGAGCAGCUUGCAGAUUCUAUCACGAAGAGCAAGUCGUCCUCUCAGAUCAAGAAGGCUAUUGUGAAGGGUAUCCCUCGUCAAGCUGUGCUCAAGCCGUCGCAUGCUGUUUACCGCCUUCAGAAUCAGCAUUUUGCCCUUGGAGAUCGAGUUACGAUGGUUCAAGAUUCGGGAGGAGUUCCUCUGGCAGUCAAGGGUGUAGUCGUCGGUCUCAAUGCCAGGAGUAUGGAUGUCCUCUGGGAUGUUGCCUUCAUCUCUGGAACGACUUUGAACAAUCGUUGUUCCCAGUAUCGCGGAUCGACUGUUGCCUUCAACUCUUGCCUCAAUCUCACCAACCCGCAAUUCGUCACUUCGACCAACCCGCAAGCUCCACCUCCUGUCCGACCACAGAUUCCGUUCAAUCCCAAGUUUGGCCCGCACCCGCCCAUCCAGCCUGCACCUGGCCAAACUGCGGCGUCUGGAUUCAGACCUGGGCCUCAUGCACAUCAAAACGGGACCCACUCGACAGGUCCGGGGCCUCAAAUCAAGAUCAUGAGCAAUCCUAAUCGGGGUCGGGGUGGGUUUGUCAAUGGAGUCGGACGGGGUGGGCAUCCUGGAGGCAAGCCGGGUGUGCCAGGUCCCGCGCAUGUUGUGCCAGCUGUUAACCCAGGACGCGGCGGGCAUGUCAAUGGAGCUGCUCCCCGUGGCGCGCAGGCUAGUGCUGCUGCUGGGCCCUCAGCUCCCGCUGCUCAAGUCCAGCCCAUCCCGGCGGCCAACGAGCCUGCUCCACACGCUAGUGGUGAUUUCGGUCCCCGGGGACGAGGAAGGGGACGUGGUGGACCACCACCAUUCCGGGGUCACAUAAGGGGAGGAUUCGAUCGAGGACGCGGGGGUGGAAGAGGAGGGUUCCGGGGCAGGGGCGGUCGUGGAUUUGCGCCCCCUUUGGCGUCCUAG